AUGAGGUCGAUUUGUUUGGUAGAGCGGGUAAAAUGGAAAUUUGGAGGAAAUAUGAAUCCUCAUGCUUUCGGCUUUGGUGAUGUUGAUAAUGACGAGGAUAAUGAAUUUGUGAUUGGUAAUUUAAAAGGUGAACUGGCAGUGUUUAAAGGUAUAUCCGUUUGCGGGGAACCUUAUAUGAUUUGCAAUGGGUUAGGAACAAUAACUUGUUUGGCCAUUGGUGAUAUCAAGAAUUCGGGAAAGAAUUCGAUUGUGUGUGUAAACGCGGAAGGUCAGUGCCAUAUCUUUGAUGUAGCACCCAGUAAUGAACUAAUUCCAAUAGUCGAUAAUGAAAAUACAACAACAUCAUCAAAGAAAAGUAAUGACUCUCAGAAUUCUACGAUGCGACCCAUCAUCAAUGUCAAUCCAUUGAUCAUCGAAAAACCUACAAUGACAUUGCCCGUUCCUGUUAACUGUAACCGAAUCCUGAUCGCAGAUAUCGAUGGUGAUGGAAUUAAUGAAGUUAUUCUUGCUCGUACUGAUCGCAUAUUACAUGUACUUCGUUUCCAAAAAUUAUCCAUUGAUAAUAUCAAGUCACUCACGAAGGAGCAACAAAACAUAUUGGCUAGGUCAAAUAUGAUGACGGAUCUCGCGUCUGAAAUGGCGAACUCUAAAGAUAAAGAAAAGAAAGGUGCCAAUAUCGUGAUGCACUUGGUAGAAAAAAAGAAAUUGUUCUUUGACGGACAGAUUACUUCUUUGUCCACAGCCAAGGAUCCAAUCACUUCAUCUCCAUUAUUGCUUGUUGGUCAACCUGGCGGUCACUUAAUAAUAAUUGAUAAGAAUGAGAAAAAAACCUUUCCUACUCAAGUAUCAGAUAAUCCUGAAAGUUGUGAUGAAUUGACAGAAGUUUCGACUGAAAUCGUCAGUGGAAUAAGGUUUAAGAAUGGUGAACGUUUGGAUGUUGUGGCAAUUAUCACCAUGGAUGGAAAAUUUACAUUAUACGAUCUUCAAAAUUCAAGCAUGAGACAUCAUGAAUUGCGAGUUACUCAUAAACUUUUUGGAAUGGCUGCUAUGAACCUUUGCAUAAAUGGUGAUAAAAAAUGCCUUGAUGAACCUGAAAAAUUGGGUGAUGAUAUUUUUGUUACUUGUGCGUGGAAUGGUAAUACAUAUAUGAUUGAUCAUGAUUUUAAUGUUGUCAAAUUUGAAUUUGAAACAAGGGUUUGUGCAUUCGCUGCAGGCCAAUAUGCUAUUGCACCCGGUCAUAACGUUAAUUGUUUUAUGUAUGUGGAUUUUGAGGAUCGAAUAACCGUUUAUUAUAAUUUGCGAAUUAAUACAAAACCGGUUACGAAUUUUACUGAAAUAAUGAAUGGUCAAUUUAAUCAGUUUGAUGAAUUAUUAAGAAACAAAAUACCAGAUUAUGAUCAAGAAAAAAAAGCACUUUCAAAUGGACAAAAUCAAUCUGUAUAUAAUAUCACCGAAUUUUUCCACCAAUGCUUGUAUCAAUUGGACGAUUAUAAAAAUAUGAAAGCUAAACUUCAACGGGAAAUCGAAGAACUGAAAAAGCAGAAACGCGAGGAAUAUGAGAAGGAACAAAAUGAGUUAAGAGAAAAAAAUGUUCCAACGGAAAGUGAUAAAUUAGGGUCUGCAGAUGAAUCGGAAUCGUUAAAUGAAGAACAAAGUCGAAAUCAUCAACAUGAAUCAUCAUCAAUAUCAGAACAAGAGGAAUGUACAUUUAAUAUAUUACAGGAUGUUGAAAAACGAGAGAUAGAAAACGAAUAA